UUGAAUUUGAGGGUGAGUCCACACCAUUCAUUUGUAUCUUUAUUAUUUAUACUCAUUUUUCUACAAUUCUGAUCUCAUAGUUGUAUUGCUUAACAACCCCAUUUCAAUUAUUUGAAGUAACCAACAUGGCUAAACCGACAAGAAUUGGUCUUGCUGGGCUUGCUGUUAUGGGACAAAAUCUUGCUCUCAACAUUGCUGAGAAAGGAUUUCCUAUAUCUGUUUACAACCGAUCCACUUCAAAAGUUGACGAGACCGUUGAACGAGCUAAAAAGGAAGGAAACCUUCCUCUUUACGGCUUUCAUGAUCCAGAGUCGUUUGUUCUCUCUAUCCAAAAGCCCCGUGUCAUAAUCAUUCUUGUCAAGGCUGGAGCACCAGUUGAUCAGACCAUCAAAACCCUUUCGGCUUUCAUGGAGAAAGGUGACUGUAUCAUCGAUGGCGGCAAUGAGUGGUACGAAAACACCGAGAGGAGAGAGAAAGAAAUGGCAGGGUUAGGUCUUCUUUAUCUCGGAAUGGGAGUAUCGGGUGGCGAAGAGGGGGCCCGCAACGGACCCUCAAUGAUGCCUGGAGGCUCUUUUGAAGCCUACAAGUACAUAGAGGACAUCUUACUAAAAGUUGCGGCUCAAGUUCCUGACAGUGGCCCUUGUGUUACGUAUAUUGGUAAAGGAGGCUCCGGGAAUUUUGUUAAGAUGAUUCAUAAUGGAAUUGAAUAUGGUGACAUGCAGUUAAUUGCAGAGGCUUAUGAUGUACUAAGAUCUGUGGGAAAGCUCUCUAAUGAUGAACUACACCAAGUCUUCUCGGAGUGGAACAAAGGAGAGCUUUUGAGCUUCUUGAUUGAAAUAACUGCUGAUAUAUUUGGAAUCAAGGAUGAUAAAGCAGACGGGUAUUUGGUAGACAAAGUUUUGGAUAAAACCGGGAUGAAAGGUACCGGUAAAUGGACUGUUCAGCAAGCCGCUGAAUUGUCAGUUGCUGCACCUACAAUAGCUGCAUCAUUGGAUUCAAGAUUCCUUAGUGGGUUAAAAGACGAAAGGGUUCAAGCAGCCAAAGUAUUUAAAGCUAGCGGGGUUAGUGAGGUGCUCGUUGAGCAAUCCGUGGAUAAGAAACAAUUGAUUGACGAUGUGAGAAAGGCACUUUAUGCAUCCAAAAUAUGUAGCUAUGCUCAGGGAAUGAAUUUGAUAAGGGCAAAGAGCGUUGAAAAGGGAUGGGACUUGAAGCUAGGGGAGCUUGCUAGGAUUUGGAAGGGUGGUUGUAUUAUCCGUGCUAUAUUUUUGGAUCGGAUUAAGGGGGCUUAUGACAGAAACCCGGAUCUCGCUAACUUACUCGUGGAUGAAGAGUUUGCAAAAGAGAUGGUUGAACGGCAGUCUGCUUGGCGAAGAGUAGUCUGUCUAGCUAUAAACUCGGGGAUUAGCACACCGGGUAUGUCUUCAAGUCUUGCUUACUUUGACUCGUACAGGAGGGAAAGUCUUCCUGCCAAUUUAGUUCAAGCUCAGAGGGAUUAUUUCGGUGCUCAUACUUAUGAGAGGAUUGAUGUGCCGGGGUCUUUCCAUACCGAGUGGUUCAAGAUUGCCAAACAGUCGAAGAACUGAGGUCUUUUAUUUGACCUAAUUGAAUAAUGUUCUUGUUGUCAUUGAAUCGGAGGAGAUUUACCUAUGUUGUUAAGCCUAUUUGUAUUUGUAGGCCUUAGCGCCUUUUCCCGCAUUUUAUGUCAUUUGAGUUACAUACAAUCAUAUACAUUCAAAGCAAGUAGUUUUCCAAGUCCUUUCUUUUGAACUACUAUGAUGUGCAUCUCUCAUUUUCUUUUACUAUUUAAGUCAAAUUAUCUUA